AUGGACGAGGCGACAGAGCUCCAGGCGGUGCUGCAGGCCCUCGCUGUCGCCGUUGAUUGGCGGACGGAUCAGGCGUCUCGUGCUGCGGCCACGGAAUUCCUCGAAAAGCUCAAGGCAGAGGAGGAGCCGCACCGUCAGGCGUCGCUAGCAGCCCACCUGCUCAAGACAGAGGAGGAGCCACACCGUCAGGCGUCGCUAGCAGCCCACCUGGUGAACGGCGAUCAGCCUGAGCAUGCCCGCCUCUUCGCCUUCCAGCUGCUGCAGAACGUGGCGCGCAACAAGUGGCAGCAGUUCCCCGCGGACGAGCGGCGCAAGCUGGCAGUGUACGCGUUUGAUCUGCUCAGGUGCUGCGCCGACACUGCUGGGGAGCCCUGGUCCAUCCGCAGCAAGGCGGCUGCCCUUCUGGCCGAUAUUGUGAAGCACGAGGGGUCGGACCUGUGGAAAGAGAUGCUGCCGUCUCUGCUUGCUCUCUCUGCUGCCAGUCCCGUCCAUGCAGAGACGGUGGCUCUUGUGCUGCAGUUUGUACCAGAAGAUGUGACAGUCCAUAACGAGGAUAUAGAAGGUGAUAGAGCAUACGAGCAAGUGACUGUCUACAACGAGGAUAGUGACAUUAUCAAUAGCAAGGAUAUAGAAGAAGACAAGUGUGCAAGUUUUGAGACGUCUCAAAACCCCUUCACAGCAGCGCUUGCAGACAUGCAGCAGAUCCAGGUGAAGCUGCACAGCAGCAGCCGUGACUGCAGGCUUGGAAGUUCAAGCACCUCUUCAUACCCAGUGCUUCCCUGCAACCCUGGCUUUUUCCCCACCCCUCGUCGCGUUCCUCUGCAGCUUCUGGACUCUAACUUCGCAGCAGCACUGGCGGACAUGCAGCAGAGCAACGUGAAGCUGCAAGGCAGCAAACGAGACACAGGCUUGGCAGCGCUGGGGGCGUAUGCAGAGUGGGCGCCUGUACCUGCAAUUGCAUCCACUCGCCUGCUCAAUGCGCGAGUUUCAGGGUUUGAGGUUUUGGGGUAUGUAGGAGUGACAGGGGGGCUGGCAGCGCUAGGGGUGUAUGCUGAGCUGGCGCCUGAGCCUGCUCUUGCCGCUGCUGGCUUGCUGCAUGCGUAUGACCUGCGGAUGUUGAGGUUUAUAUCUAGAGUGGCUGCUCAUGUGACAGCGGGCCUCGCAGCACCGGGGGCGUAUGCGGAUUGUGCGCCUGUGCCUGAUCUCCGCUUUGCCGGCUUGCUGAACGUCUGUGGUUUCCUCCUCGGUUCGCCUGAUUUUCGAAUGGGAGCAGCGGAUUUCUUCAAGCAUCUGGCGGCCAGGUGGGUGGAUGAUGGAUACGAGUUGGAGCAAGAGUGGGUGGUGUGGUGGCGAGCCCCUUCGGACGACCAGGAGGCAUUCAAUGCCGCCAUGACAUCAGUGGCCGACUCCCUCGUCUCGGCAGCUGACGCCUCUCUCGAUCGCAUCACCACCUCUACAGCCUCCGCCCCUGCUUCCUCUCCAAAAGAAACGGGGGGGCUUUUUGAGCGAGCCCCUUCAGACGACCAGGAGGCAUUCAACGCCGCCAUGACAUCAGUGGCCGACUCCCUCGUCUCUGCAGCCGACAAUUCCCUUGAUCGCAUCACCACCUCUACAGGUUCCGCCCCUGCUUCCUCUCCAAGGGAAGCAGCGGGGCAGGGAGGGGGGAUGGCAGCAGGGGGGGGCGCGAGGGGAGGAGGGGGGGCGGGGGAGGUGGAUGAGGGGGAGGUGGCGUUUGCUGAAAGGCUGUGUGAGGCGAUGGUGGCAUUUGCGCCGUCGAAUCUCAAAAGAGCAGCGCAGCAAGAUGAUUCUAGAUAUGCCAAGUUCUUCCACACGGUGUUACUGAGGGAAUCAGCACAGAGCACGAGUGGCGGAAAGGACAACAAGCGCGCUGCAGUGAUUCUCGUGCCGCCUGAUUUCUGCUUGAGGCUGCUGGACGUGGUGGCAGAUCACCUGCCGAGACGACCAGGGGAGGGGGAGGGGGAUGAUGGGGACGACAACGAAGGGUGGCAGGAGGAGUUCACCAACAGUGGAGACUACGCUCAGUACAGGAGCCGACUGAUGGACGUGGUUUGCCUGAUGGACGUGGUGCGGCUGGUGACACAGCAGCAGCCGCUCAUAGCAGCAUCCAAGGUGGCCUCUCGCAUCGAAGCCGCGGUGGUGGCAGUGUUGGAGGGAGCGAGAAUGCUGGAAGAUGCGGUGAUGACUGCUGUGCCCGAUGCAGUCAUGGCAGCAGCCGCUGCUCACUCCACCAACCCCGCCAUUCUUGCUGACGACCUGGGGCUCAUUGUAGAGGGUGAGUGGGGUAGCUUGUGUGUUGCAGCAGCUGCUGUGUGUGCAAUGGGGCGGCCCCGUGCUGAUAGAGCUGCAUGCACACCUGCUGGACGCCUUAGGCCCCUUUCUCAAGCACCCUUCCUCCUGUCUUCGCUAAUCCUCCCCACAGGUGUGUUGCAGCAGCUGCUGUGUGUGCAAUGGAGCGACCCUGUGCUGAUAGAGCUGCACGCACACCUGCUGGACGCGCUGGGCAGCUGGACCCCUCCCCCCCCACCCCCCUUCCCCUCUCUUUGCUAUUCCUCCCCUCCAGGUGUGCUACAACGCCUGUUGUGUGUGCAGUGGAAUGACCCCGUGCUGAUAGAGCUGCAUGCGCACCUGCUGGACGCGUUGGGCCCCUUCCUCAAGCACUCCCCGCCCGCAGCUGCCCUCGUCAUUCCCAAGCUCUUCGAGCUCCUCAGCUCUCUGCCACCCACCCCCCUGGGAGUGGAGCCCAUGCUGCGGCCGGAGCGCAGUGAGGACCGUCUGCCCCGCCUGCAAGUGUGCACGUCCAUCCUCAGAGUGGCGCGCUCUGCUGACGUGGCCCUUGUACCCAUGCUCAAGGUGCGUUACACGGCCCCUGGUAUCGCCUCAGGCGACGCAGUGAGGAGGGGUGAGGUGAGAUCCAAUCGCCUGCCCCGCCUGCAAGUGUGCACGUCCAUCCUCAGAGUGGCACGCUCUGCUGACGUGGCUCUCGCGCCCAUGCUCAAGGUUAUGGUGCAGCGCGUGCAGUCAAGCUCUGAGACGUCUCACCACUCGUUCCCUCUCACUCACACCCUCCCCCUCUUCUCUCUCCAGGCGAUGGUGGAUCAGGUGAUGAACACCCGGCAGCAGCAGGCAGCACUGCAGAAGUGCCUGGCAAUCUUUGAGACGUCUCAUACCUCCUCUAAUCUCCCUUUCUCCGUUCUCCACACCCCCACUCCUCUUCUCCUCCUCCAACUCCAGGCAAUGGUGGAUCAGGUGAUGGGCAUUCGGCAACAGCAACAGGCAGCAGUGCAGCGAGUGCAGCAGACGCAGUCAGGCGCAGUGCUGCAUGGGGAGAUCAUUCUGCUCGCUGAGGCGCUGCUGCUGGUGGCUGCUGCUGCAGGCCCCAGUGAAGAAGCAGCCGUGGUAGAGUGGCUAUUAGCACCCAUCCGCGCCCAAUGGGCGGAUUCCACGUGGCAGGCGCGCUACCUCUCCUCCCCGGCAGCCCUAGCAGCACUCCUCCUCCACUCCCCCAGCUCGGGCUCCCAGGAGGAAGCAGACUUCUGGGCCGUCUACCACACCACGAUGCUUCUUGAGAGAAUCAUGCGCCGCGCUGCUGUUGGCGGGGGGAGCGGAGUGGGAGGGGGAGGAGCGGGAGGGGGAGCAGGGGGAGGGGGAGGAGUGGCGGCGACGCCGCCGCCUUCCCCUGGGGUUGUGGGGGUGGCGGAUGGGGUUGUGGGGGAAAGAAGCGGGAGUGGAGGGGGAGGGGGAGGGGCGGUGCACUGUGUGAGUCCGCACCUGCAUUGGAUUGUGCCUCCCCUGCUCAGAGUGCUCGCCUCCCUUCCCCCCACCCUCGCGCCAGCACUGCUGGUGGGGCAGCAGGAGAAGCUGCUGCACUGCCUCCACGCCCUCUGGUCCCCUCAGGUGCUCGCCUCCCUUCCCCCCACCCUCGCCCCAGCGCUGCUGGUGGGGCAGCAGGAGAAGGCAGCAGUGCUGGGGCAGGCAGGCGUGUCAGGCAAGCAGGAGGGCGUGCCGCUGCUGCUGGGGGGGACCGGGGGAGGAGGGGGGGCGUGGGGAGGCGGAGGGGGAGGCGGAGGGGUUGGGGGAGGAGCAGGGGAGAGGCAGCGGGAGGCUAUGGCUUUGGCGAUGAGGCGAAAUUGGCUCAAGUGUGUGCGGGACAACAGUUAUGGCUUCCUUGGUAUGGCAGCAGCAAACGCCCCAGCAGCCUUUUUCUCCCUUCCCGAGCCUCCCGUCACGAACCUGCAAUCCUUAGGCUCGGUCUCACCCCAGCAGCAGCAGUUCGUGCUGGAGGUUCGGGCCGCACUGGCCGAUUCCGUGGCUAGCAUGGAGGCUCGGCACCUGCGACUGCUGCAGAAGCUCGUCCUGCUCCCAUUGGUCAAAUCCUGUCCGCCGAGCCUCUAUCCUCUCUGGCUCGGCACGCUCCUGCCACCGAUCGUUCUUCACUGCGAACAAUGGCUGACUGCCACGUGGCAGAGAUUCCUGCAAGAAGGGCUGUGUGGGGGAGGAGGGGGAGGGGAAGCAGCAGGGGGUAAAGCGCUUGCUGCUGUUUCUGGUGGUGGUGAGAGUGAGAAGGAGAGGAGAGGAUGGUUAAAGGAUGAGCUGUUUAACGAGAAAAUUCUAAGGGACCUGACAAGAGAGACCUGCGGCCUGUUGGCUCUCUUCCCUAUCUUGCCUCAGUCAUCCUCGUUACAGGCUGCCUCGAUUCAAGCCACGGCUUCUGCGCUCAUGGCUGGUGUCACUGGUGGUGGUGGCAUUGCGGGUGCUGCUGGUGGUGCUGGUGCUGGUGGUGAUGAGAGGAUGGACAUGCAUUCGGUGGCAACCGCGGCAAACAGCUUGCUGCACUUCCUCUUACAGCACCACCCAGAGGCAGCAGCAGCGUGCAUCCGAGUGGCAAUGGCAGCAAUGGACUGGCCCGACAGCGACGCCUCUCACAAGGCUGUCCUCUUCAACUCAGGCCUCGUGCACAUGCCGGAGCUGCUCGCCGAACCUGCUGCACCGGCUUCCGAGCCUCCCGCGCAGCUUCGGGAGAUGGUCGGCCGGACCAUGUUUGCAGCGGCGGUGCAGGCGCUGACGCUGGAGUCUAAUGCGGGGAUUCAGGCGCAUAUUGUGGCAUUAUUGAGGGAUAUUUACCUUCGUUUGGGCCCUUUAACCUCUGCUCCUAGAGAGGUAUGCAACACUUAG